AUGGCGCACACGCUCAGAGAUCGCGCUCUUGGCGCCGUGCGCGUGACGUGUAGCGCGAAAGCGCUCGAAGGAAUCGCGCACGCGCACCCGACGGUGAUCGCGUCGUGCGAGAUCGUCGCGCGAGACGCUCGGAGACGGUUGCGGUGUGUAGACGAGGAUGACGAGACGAAGGCGGCGGCGCGGGACGGCGUCGCGAGGAGAGAAGGAAGGAACAGGGAGAGUGGAUCGAAAUCGAGCGGUGAGUGGAGUGGAAACGAUGUGAAGAUGAAUGAGACGCCGCUGUAUGAGCGAAGGCGUUGGAAGGCGCCGAGUCUGUUGGAUGUGGAGGCGGGCGCGGCGUUGGGCGAAAUCGAGAGCGCGUGA